AUGAGUUUGACGGGUGUUGCUCACGGAUCAGAACACCUCAAGAAACACCAGCGGAAACCCACAGGGAAGAAAUCUCACUGCUGCUCUGACUGUGGGAAGAUAUUCAACUCUUCAGCAGACCUUAAAAGACAUAUGAGAAUCCAUACAGGAGAGAAACCUUAUAGCUGUAAUCAAUGUGGGAAGAGUUUUACUCACUCAAGCUGCCUGAAGGUACAUUUGAGAACACACACAGGAGAGAAAUCUUAUAGCUGUGAUCAAUGUGGGGAGAGUUGUACUUCAUCUAGCCAUCUGACUAGUCACCAGAGAACACACACAGGAGAGAAACCUUAUAGCUGUGAUCAAUGCGGGAAGCGUUUUGUUACAUCUAGCUGUCUGACUAUACACCAGAGAACACACACAGGAGAGAAACCUUAUAGCUGUGAUCAAUGUGGGAAGAGUUUUACUCACUCAAGCUGCCUGAAGGUACAUUUGAGAACACACACAGGAGAGAAAUCACACGACUGUGGGAAGAGUUUUGUUUUGUCCCAAUAUUUAGAAUCACACCAGAGAACACACACAGGAGAGAAACCUUAUAGCUGUGAUCAAUGUGGGAAGAGUUUUAGUCGAUCAAGCAACCUUAUGGUACAUUUGAGAAGGCACACUGGAGAGAAACCUUAUAGCUGUGAUCAAUGUGGGAAGAGAUACGCUGGUAAAAGAACUCUGAUUAAACAUCAGAAAGUACAUACAUGAAGGAGUUGUUUCAUGAUAUCAAUUAAAUAAUGUCACAAUGUUUUAA